CCAGGUCGUCCUAGUCUUGGUGAGAGCUUGGGCCGCUGAGAUUUCGGAGUCUGCACUGGGCCCGCUUGGAGCUCUGAGCGGAUGGAAAAGUUCAGUCAUGUUUACACCCGCGGUGAUACGUGCUUUGUGCAAGAACAAGACUCUUCGCUACAGAGUCCCUAUGUUGUUGCUGAUGAUUGGAGGUUCUUUUGGUCUUCAUGAGUUUUCUCAAAUCCGAUAUGAUGCUGUGAAGAAUAAACUUGAUCCUGAGUUCGAAAAAAGACUGAGAGACAAUAAAAUAACUUUAGAAUCAGAAUAUGAGAAAAUAAGAGACUCCACUUUUGAUGAAUGGAAGAAUAUUCGAGGACCCAGGCCUUGGGAAGAUCCUGACCUCCUCCAAGGAAGAAAUCCAGAAAGCCUUAAGACUAAGAGAACUUGACUAUGCUGAUUAUUUUUUCCUUUUAUUUUUUUUUUAAAUAAAAAUGUUAUAAACUGGA